AUUAGGUCUAGAGAUUCAAAACGCGACACUUGGGAAAUAUAUUUUAAAGCCGGAAGAAAAAGCGAAGUUCUUCCCAUUCUGCUGACAUGGCGUCGGAGGUAGCGGAGGAGACGCCGAAGCCUAGAGGUGGUAGGUUUUGCACCUUAUGUAACGCCAGACGCGCCGCCCUCAAGCGGCCCAAAACCCUAGAACAAAUAUGCAAGGAAUGCUUUUAUGAAGUUUUCGAAGAUGAAAUUCACAGAGUUAUUGUAGAUAAUAAUCUCUUCAGACGCGGCGAACGCGUCGCCAUUGGAGCUUCUGGUGGAAAAGAUUCCACUGUCCUAGCUUAUGUGUUGUCCGAACUGAAUCGUAGGCACGAUUAUGGCUUGGAUCUUUUCCUGCUUUCAGUUGAUGAAGGCAUCACUGGUUACAGGGAUGAUUCUCUUGAAACUGUUAAAAGAAAUGAAAUCCAGUAUGGACUUCCUCUUAAGGUGGUUUCGUAUAAACAAUUAUAUGGGUGGACGAUGGAUGAGAUUGUGAAGCUAAUAGGUCUGAAGAAUAACUGCACAUUUUGCGGUGUUUUUCGUCGCCAGGCUCUGGAUCGUGGUGCUACACUUUUGAAGGUAGACAAACUUGUUACGGGGCAUAACGCCGACGACAUUGCUGAGACAGUGCUCUUAAAUAUUUUAAGAGGUGAUAUUGCCAGGCUGAGUAGAUGCACCUUUAUAACCACUGGUGAAGAUGGACCUAUUCCAAGAUGCAAGCCUUUUAAGUACACCUAUGAGAAGGAAAUUGUGAUGUAUGCGUACUUCAAACGGCUGGAUUACUUCUCUACAGAGUGCAUUUACUCUCCGAACGCUUAUCGUGGCUUUGCUCGGGAAUUUAUUAAAGAUUUGGAGAGGCUCAGGCCAAGAGCUAUUCUCGAUAUAAUAAAAUCAGGUGAAGAUUUCCGAAUCUCUACUACAACAAAAAUGCCAGAGCAGGGAAAUUGCGAGAGAUGUGGUUAUAUUUCCAGCCAGAAAUGGUGUAAGGCGUGUGUUUUGCUGGAGGGGCUUAAUCGGGGUUUGCCUAAGAUGGGUAUUGGACGGAGUCGAGGUAUUGAUAAUGAACGGAACAAGGAUGUUAAAGAAACUAACGGAACAAAGAGUUUAGAGAGCAAGCAAUGUGGAUCGCUCGACUUCUGAUUGAAGGUAUAAGUCACUUUCUUUUUUAGCUCCAUAAUUUAUAGUUAAAUACGUGUAGUAUUCGAUGCUAUACUAGCUUGCUUAUCUAUUAAUUAAAAAAGAAAAGCGAUUCUUUGGUUUUAACUAAGAUAAAAACAACGUAAUAAUUACAUUUACAUUUCGAUACUGGUGCUAUUGCGUCGAUGGCUCCUCCUCAAGUGGGUUUUUUUUCUUUUUUCUUUUUUUUUUCGGGACACAAUUGAAAUGCAGAUUUGGCCAUUAUUGUGGUAUUAUAUGUAUUAUUGAAUGAAAUGAUUGUAUAAUAUCAACUACAGUCAGGGCGCACAUGUUAGUUACUUCCAAUCAAAUCAAAUUUGUUAAGAUUAAUGAUUCAUAGGAGAAGCUAGUGUAAGAAUGUUAGUUCUCUGGUAGUGGAGGAACUGAGAAGACAGCUGUUAAUGUUUCUCAAAUCUUAGUUCAGAGUUCCAUGUUGUUUACCUCAUCUCAUAAGAUCUAGGUUGUAUCUCCUAUCUAAUAGGUAAUAUUUUAUGAUUUUAUCUUAAAACACCAUGGUCAAAGUUAGCUUCU